AUGAAGGCACUGAGUGUGGGAUGCAGGGGUAAGAGUCUACCAGUGUUGGGGUGGGAAGUUCCCACAAAUUCAAAAGAUCCCAUUUCCUCGGAUGGCUGCCCUCCCUCCUGCUCACUCCCCAGGAUUGAAUGCCAAGUGAUUCUGCCCCAUUCUCAUGCCAACCCCACCCCCCAAGUCCCCAUUAAAUUUCUAGAUUCCCUGAGCUUGCUCACCCUGGUGCUGCAGGAAGUAGGUACUGCUUCUUUCCCAGAGACAGAGAGAAAGAGAGAAGCACAGCCACGUGGAGAAGGCAAUUCUAAUGUGGCUCUGCAUCUGGAGAACUAUGCCCUGAGCCUGGAUAACUAUGAUGAGGUCACUGACCUGAGCAGCUAUGAAGAGCUUACAGACUAUGGGGACCACCUCCCCCAGGUGAGGACACAGACCAGUCUGGCUCCUCUAAACAGGAUCAGCUUUACUUAGGGCACUAUGGCUCCAACGACAUCUUCUUCAAAUGCCACAAUGACCAAGCCUACAUUGGGCCUGCUGGGUUCCCCAACCGGCCACAGCCUCCCCACCUGUCUGGUCUGCAUGUGCCUUGUUUCCUCUGUGUGCUGCAAUGACCUAGAGAGCAUCCCUCGUCUUCCCCAGAUAACUACCUACCUGUACAACUGCUUCAACUACAUCCACCAAAUCCAGGCCAGAGACUUCAAAGGGCUGACAAAACUGAAGAGGGUUGACCUCUCUAGCAACUUCAUCUCCUCCAUCAAUGACAAUGCCCUCUACCUGCUGUCUGGGGAUCUGAUCCUCCCAGAUAACCAGCUGGCAGCCCUGCCCAAGCUCCUUACAGGCAUGGAGGUCCUGGACAUCUGCCUGAAUUGGUUCCAGAGCUGGGGGAUAAAGCCUAGAGCUUUGGAAAAGCUGCAUUUCCUCUACCUGGUUGGCAACUUGCUGGAUUUCAUCCUAGGGCCCCUCCCCCUAAGCCUGUGUUCACUACACCUGCAGAAUAAGAUAAUAGUAACCAUGCAGAGUGACACCUUCUGUGACGAGGAUGAGCACAAGCAGACACAGAGACAGCCGGAAGACUACUACCUGGAUGGCAUCAACCUGGGUUUCUUCACCGGCGCCUACUUCUGCCUGCCACAGCUCCCUACGGGCCACUUCUCCUAGCUCUCCCCUGCCUCUCCCUAGGUGUUGGCUCCUGGAGGAUCACCAAAGGCAUAUCCUCCAAAAGACUUUGUUCCAGGUGUUAAUCAGCCUCAUGCUCUAGUUUCAGAAAUCAUCAACUGCCCCCACUGCCCCCCCUCACCCAACACACACUCUGAAGUGUCCUUCAGAAGCCAAAUUUGUAUUUCUUCAUUCUCUUUCCUUAACAGUCUCUGGCUCCUGGUUCAGAGAAUAGCAGUGUCUGCAGCAAAACUCUUUCCCAUAUUCCCACCCUUCCUGGCCACAUGGAAUGCCAGGGAAGUCAUAGGAGAGGAAGAAGAGAAGAAAGAGAAGGAAGAAGUAGUGAUGUGCCGGAGCCAACUCUUACGACUAGCCUAAUAAGAACAAAUUAUUAAAUUUUCCAGA